CAGCAGAGUUGAGCCCGUCAGAGAGGAAGAAGAACAAGAACAAGAAGAGUUAAAGACAGACGGAUUAAAGAGGACAGGAGCUGAAUCUGGACAUCAUGUCUCUGCGGGACGAACUGUUGAAAUCCAUCUGGCACGCGUUCACAGCUCUGGAUGUGGACAAGAGCGGCAAAGUCUCCAAAUCUCAGCUCAAGGUUCUGUCCCAUAACUUAUGUACAGUGAUGAAGAUCCCACACGACCCCGUGGCGCUGGAGGAGCACUUUAAAGACGAUGACGAGGGUCCGGUCUCCAACCAGGGCUACAUGCCAUACCUCAACAAGUUCAUCCUGGAUAAGGUGACGGGUAACUUCGACCGUCAGGACUUCAACAAAAUGUGCUGGACGUUGUCCUCGAGGAAGAACCUGGAUCAAAGCAAGCUGCUCAUCUCCAACGACGACGCCUUCAAGAUCUGGUGCAUCUUCAACUUCCUGUCUGAGGACAGAUACCCGCUGACCAUCGUCACAGAGGAGAUUGAGUACUUCCUGCGUAAGUUGACGGAGGCGAUGGGGGGCAGCUGGGUGGAGGAGCGUUUCGAGGACUACAAGCUGCAGCUGAACUCGAAGCAGCAGAGUCUGAACGCCUGGGAGCUCAUCAGCCUGGUGGGCUCGGGUCACUUCAGUAAAGGCAUGGACCGCCAGACGCUCUCCAUGGGCAUCAACGAGGUCUACCAGGAGCUCAUCAUGGACGUGCUCAAACAGGGCUACAUGAUGAAGAAAGGUCACAAGAGGAAGAACUGGACGGAGCGCUGGUUCCUGCUGAAGCCAAACUCCAUAUCUUACUACGUGGGCGAGGACCUGGCUGAGAAGAAAGGAGAUAUCUUAUUGGAUGGAAACUGCAGCGUGGAGCCGCUUCAGGACAAAGAAGGAAAGAAAUGUCUCUUUCUCAUCAAGUCGUCACAUAAAAGCUUUGAAAUCAGCGCGUCGGACAAGAAGAAGAAGCAGGAGUGGAUCCAGGCCAUUCAGACCUGUGUGAGCCUGCUGCGUCAGGGUCGGCCGGCGCCGCACCGCGAGGCUCGACAGAAGCGCCGGGAGCUGCGUCUGAAGCAGCAGGCUGAACAGGAGGAGCUGGAGCUGAGGAUGAGCGAGCUGCAGACGGCUAACGAGGCCAAACAACAGGAGCUGGAGAACAUGCGGAAGGCUCUGGAGGAGGCUGCGGCUAAUGCAGCAGAAGAAGAACGAAGGCGUCUUCAGACCCAGACUGAACUCCAGGACCGAUACAGGACGGACCUGGAGAGAGAGAAAAUGGUACGGCAGCAGAUGGAGGAGCAGGUGGCCCAGAAGUCCACUGAGCUGGAGCAGUACCUGCAGCGAGUUCGGGAGCUGGAGGACAUGUACCGCCAACUGGAGGACGCGCUGGAGGACGAGCGGCGUGCCAGACAGGACGAGGAGGCCGUCAGGAAGCUGCAGGCACGGUUACUGGAGGAGGAGGCUACAAAGAGGGCGGAGCUAGAGGAGUUCCACCUGCGGCAGCAGCUCGCCAUCUCAGAGACGGAGGCUGAGAAAAAGGAGCUGGAGAAGGAGCGUCUGGCCAAAGAGAGCGCCCUGCAGGCCGCCAUGAAACAGCUGGAGCAGCUGGAGCAGGAGAGGCAGGGGGCGCUGGAGCAGUACCAGACGGUGAUGAAAAAACUGGAAGACGCAACAAACAACACAAAAACCUGGAAACACAAAGUGGCUGAACACGAGGGAAUGUUACGACUCAUCCAACCAGGGUCAAAGGGACAGCAGCUCAUCACCAACUGGGGCCCAGCGGCCUUCUCUGAUGCAGAGCUCAGUCUGAGGCAGAAGAAGUGGCAGGAGAUGAAGAACCAGACGACCCAGGCCCAGUAGGUCCUCAUCUCAACCCUGAACCUUAAACAUGUCCGCCACUCAGAGGAGACGAGGAGAUGAGGAGAGAGGGCUGCUGGGAUACAACAGGUCUGAGGAGGGACUGGGAGGAGUUCUCUGGAUGUUCAGUGUCCACAUAAAGCAUUUAUCAUGAGGGGGCAUUAAAUAACCAUCUGUAAAUCUGUAGUGGGAACCAGCACCUGUAGAGCUGGUUUAAACAAGUCAGUGUAGACCACAAGUCUCUGUCAGCGUAGACCACCACUGAUUAAACAAGUCUCUGUCAGCGUAGACCACCACUGAUUAAACAAGUCUCUGCCAGUGUAGACCACCACUAAUUAAACGAGUCUCUGCCAGCGUAGACCACCACUGAUUAAACAAGUGUAGACCACCACUGAUUAAACAAGUGUAGAGCACCACUGAUUAAACAAGUCUGUCAGCGUAGACCACCACUGAUUAAACAAGUCUCUGCCAGCGUAGACCACCACUGAUUAAACAAGGCUCUGUCAGCGUAGACCACCACUGAUUAAACGAGUCUCUGUCAGCGUAGACCACCACUGAUUAAACAAGUCUUUGUCAGCGUAGACCACCACUGAUUAAACGAGUCUCUGCCAGCGUAGACCACCACUGAACGAGGCUCUGUCAGCGUAGACCACCACUGAUUAAACAAGGCUCUGUCAGCGUAGACCACCACUGAUUAAACGAGUCUCUGCCAGCGUAGACCACCACUGAUUAAACAAGGCUCUGUCAGCAUAGACCACCACUGAUUAAACGAGUCUUUGUCAGCGUAGACCACCACUGAUUAAACAAGUCUUUGUCAGUGUAGACCACCACUGAUUAAACGAGUCUCUGUCAGUGUAGACCACCACUGAUUAAACAAGUCUUUGUCAGCGUAGACCACCACUGAUUAAACGAGUCUCUGUCAGCGUAGACCACCACUGAUUAAACAAGUGUCUGUCAGCAUAGACCACCACUGAUUAAACAAGUGUAGAGCACCACUGAUUAAACAAGUCUUUGUCAUUUUAAGAGUCAAUAAACAGAAACUAAAGUCUCAUUUUCACAUUAUGAGGUCAAAGUUCAGUGAUUUCAGCAGGAAUCAAACAAAAACAUGAAGACGUGAUAACAGCAGGAAUAUUAAUUACAGCCUUCUUAUCAAACGUAUUAACGGCCCUCUCAGUCACUGAUUAAGCAGCUAAUAAUGUAGACUGUAGUGUGUUUAAUGAGUAAGGAGUUCUUUGUGAAAUGGUGUACAGGACAUAAAUUUGUUAUGUAGGUAGAAGAGCUGAUUGAGUGAAGUUUGGUCAUUUAUAAACUGAUCUUUAACCCAACAAACGCGACACCACUGGUUAGCUAACGUUAGCUCAUCAGUGUAGACCAGAGGGCGGGCCGUGGGCACCAUGUUUCUACAUGUUGUCUGCAAAACCGACAGAAACUAACAUAAAAGGUGAAACAUUUACAUCACAAAACAUUAAAAAGUCACCAAUUUUAAAUGGGCGGAGCUUUGAAAUGUGGUGCUAAAGUUCACUGAGUCAAAGGAGCGCCGGUCCAACAGGAAAGGCCUCUGUUAUUUCACUUUAUUUUGAUUUUUUUCUGAAAAUGAACCAGUUAGUUCCUGAUUAAAGGGUGUCUACCGACCUAACGUCACACAGCAGCACAACACGAGCUAAGAUCCAAACAAACCUACAAUAAAUACAUGAUUAAUCUGUUGACUUUAAGAUGUGCAGCUUGUUCAAAGUCUCGGGUUUGUUCACCUCUACCCUUCAUCAUCUUCACCUGUGUCCUGAUCUGUAUCUAUGAAAUGCACUACUUUAACCCAGAGUCUGAUCUGUCCAACAUAAAUCACCUGAGUGUGUUUUAGGUUCACGUUGUUGUAAAGUUCAGAGAUGUUGAGUCAAAUCUAUAAAGUUAUAAUAUCUUCGACAUAACAUGACCUACUGAGACAAACAACCCUCCCCCUGCUGUGGCCUUUUUCCUCUUUGGGAACAUUUUUAAUUGAAGGGAUUUUUGUACAUAUUUUAACAGCAGUUUGUGUUUUUGUUGUUCUUCCUAAAGUUGUGUAGCAUCAGUAAAAUAUUUAAUGUAAAGUCAAUCAUGUUUAACAAACUUGUCUCCUAAAAACAGUCUCUAAUGAAAUAUCAUGUACGACUCACUAAACAUUUCCUCAUUACAUCAAAGUGCUUGUUGUCCUCAGUCUGUCUGACCUAUAUCUGCAUCAUCAGUGAUACAGAACAUUUCCUGUAAACACAGUCAGAAAUCAGAAGUAGGACAUCGAGCCAAAGUCUCACCCCGACGGAUAAUCUAACAUGUGUCCUGUGUAGUUGUACCGUAACCAUCAGUGCCUUUGAUACGGUCACACGUCAACGCUGUGAUUUCUAUUUGAUGUUUUUAUAUAAAUAUGUAAAAAGCUGAAGACUGAACUGUUGAAUAAAACACAUCUGUAAUAACUGG